AUGAUGGUCGGCAAUCAAAUACUUCCUAUGGAGAACUUAAUCCCCUUUGACGAUACGUAUGUGUUAUACGAUCCUACAGACCCUAUAUCUUACUUUUCUUGCUAUUUCUCGUUACUUCCAAUAGCUAUUCUGAUAUUUUACUUCUCAUGGUUUGUGACUACUCGUGAGGUUGAACCCGCGUUUAUUGCAGUUGGCCAUAUAAUCAAUGACGUUCUGAACAAUAUUGCGAAAAAUGUGAUCAAAGAGCCACGGCCUUACAACUUUGGGACGUUCCAAAGAGACACUCUUCGGUCUGGAUUUGGAAUGCCGAGCGCGCAUUCUCAAUUUAUGGGGUUUUUUGCAAUUUAUCUUGGCCUGCGAAUCUGGUUACAAUGGGCAGGGCUUAAGUAUCGCCGCAAGGUUAUGGCUUCGGUGGCAUUGGUAUUGGCGACUCUUAGCGUUGCAAGUUCGCGUGUAUAUCUAGGCUACCACAAUGUCUCCCAGGUUUCUGUAGGUGUUGUUCUUGGUAUGUUACUCGGUUCUAACUAUUUCAUCUGUGUUGGCUUUUUGAGAAAUAGCGGAAUAUCGGACUGGAUACUAUCGUGGCCAAUUUGCAGAUGGCUUCUAAUCAAAGAUUCUACCUUUUAUUCCUCUACCACCUUGCGGGAUGAAUAUGAGGCUUACUGGAAGAGACGUAACGCUAAAUACAACAAUGUGGACAAAGAAGAAUAG